AUGAAGAGGCCAGAGGAACGUGCUUGUCGUCGUGUUGGUAGACGUACCAUUAUUGAUAUUCAUUUGGAAGUCUUAGAGGAAUGUCAAAGGGAAGACCUGCAUUCGAGGAAGGAAGACUUUUUUGAAAUUUUGGUUCAAGAAUUUAUUGGAUGUAAGUUCAUAAAAGGAGAACCACUUCCUAAGGAAGAUGUUCCUCAGAAACAGGUUCCAAGUUCAGCUUCCGGGUUUAGGGAAAAAGACUUUGUUCCUAAGGAUGAUGUUCCUAAGGAUGAUGUUCCUAAGGAACAGGUACAAAGUUCAGAUUCCGGGUUUAGGGAGGAAGACUUUGUUCCAAAGGAAGAAGUUCCUAAGGAACUGGUUCCAUGUUCAGAUUCCGGGCUUAGGGAGGAAGACUUUGUUCCUAGGGAAAAUGUACCUAAGGAGCCUCUUUAUUAA